AUGUUCAGGAAGACCCUCAAAAAGGACCCCGAGCUGUUUCAGAACGUCGCGGACGGGCUACGGCAGCUUUACCGGACCAAAUUGUUCCCUCUGGAGGACACGUAUCGAUUCCACGACUUCCACUCUCCUGCCCUCGAAGAUGCCGACUUCGACAACAAGCCCAUGGUGCUGCUGGUGGGACAGUAUUCCACCGGCAAAACUACAUUUAUUCGCCACCUCAUGGAGCAGGACUUCCCCGGUAUGCGAAUCGGGCCCGAGCCGACCACCGACUCGUUCAUCGCGGUCAUGCACGGGGAUCAAGACGGGGUGAUCCCCGGUAACGCGUUGGUCGUCGACCCGAAGAAGCCCUUCCGUAAACUCAAUGCCUUUGGUAACGCAUUUCUGAACAGGUUCAUGUGUGCCCAACUGCCCAACCCGGUCCUGGAGAGCAUCAGCAUCAUAGACACUCCCGGAAUCCUGUCGGGAGAAAAGCAGAGGAUCAGUCGAGGGUACGACUUUGCCGCCGUGUUGGAGUGGUUCGCGGAGCGCGUGGACCGAAUCAUCCUCUUGUUUGACGCCCACAAGCUCGACAUCUCUGAUGAGUUCUCCGAGGUCAUCCGCGCGCUCAAGAACCACGAGGAUAAAAUGCGCGUGGUCCUGAACAAAGCCGACCAGAUCAGCACCCAGCAGCUGAUGAGGGUUUACGGGGCGCUGAUGUGGUCCCUUGGAAAAAUCAUCAACACACCAGAGGUGGUACGUGUGUACAUCGGGUCGUUUUGGGCUCAACCCCUGCUGGUGCCAGACAACAGGAAGUUGUUUGAGGCCGAGGAGCAGGACCUCUUCGCGGACAUUCAGUCCUUGCCCCGCAACGCCGCUUUACGAAAACUCAAUGACCUCAUCAAGCGAGCACGUCUAGCAAAGGUGCACGCAUACAUUAUCUGCUCGCUGAAAAAGGAGAUGCCCAGCGUGUUUGGAAAGGACUCGAAAAAGAAAGAACUGAUUGCCAACUUAGGGGAGAUUUACUUGAAGGUGGAAAAGGAGCACCAGAUUUCACCUGGAGACUUCCCCAACCUUGCUAAGAUGCAGGAGAUGCUCAACGCUCAGGACUUCUCCAAGUUCGCCGCGAUGAAGCCCAAGUUGCUGGAGGCGGUGGAGGACAUGCUGGCCAACGACAUCGCCCGCCUAAUGGCCCUGGUGCGACAGGAGGAGGCGGCGCUGCCCAGCAACUCGGUCAAGGGCGGUGCCUUCGAGGGCACCAUGAGCGGCCCCUUCGGCCACGGUUACGGCGAGGGGGCCGGCGAGGGCAUCGACGACCUGGAGUGGGUGGUGAACCGCGAUAAGCCCACGUACGACGAGAUCUUUUACACGCUCUCGCCCAUCAACGGCAAGGUGUCCGGCGCCUCCGCCAAGAAGGAGAUGCUUAAGUCCAAACUCCCCAACACGGUCCUGGGAAAGAUCUGGAAGCUGGCCGACGUGGACAGAGACGGCCUCCUCGACAACGAAGAGUUCGCUCUGGCCAACCACCUGAUCAAAGUCAAGCUGGAGGGCCACGAGCUUCCCGCCACGCUGCCCAGUCACCUGGUGCCCCCUUCCAAGCGCGACACCACGCUGCAAGGGUAG